GCGCCGCCAUCGUGACAGCGCCAUGGCUGUUAUGACCCUGUCCUUGUCCGCCAUGUUCGGAGGGUCGUCGGUGCUUGCCUGUAGGGGAGAGUAUUCGGCGAUGGUGUCAUAGCCACUUGUCGGCUAAGGUCCAAUUUUUUUAGCGUUAUAGCUCAUAUUGUGUUCGUGCUCAUCACUGUUGAAAGUUUGUCAAUAAUUUUGUAUGGUUUUCCAAUCGAGUUUCUCUAGCUCGGGAGGUACGAUCUGAGUGGAGUAGAAUCAUGGCGACGGUCGGAAUGGAAGGAGAGGCACACCAAAGAGGUGCUCGAUCUCCUCCUCCGGAUCCAGGAGGGGAUAGGGAUGAAGAUGAGAGACUUAGAGAACUGAUGAGGUUAUGUUAUGAGGAAGGGAUUAUGCCCCAUAACAUACACCCAGGGGAGAUGUCAAUUGAAGGAAGGGAGGUGAGAUUCAAGGUGAAUGAGCACAUAGACAGAGUGAAGAUAGCCUGGUUGAAGGAACAUACUGUGACGGUGAUCUUUCGAGAACGAGCGAGAUUCCUCCCCAAGAAAGUCAAAGAUGAUAUCGUACGUGCUUACGAAGACGAUAAAAUCCAGGACGGCAGUUUCGAGGCGGAGAAUUUUCGACGUGGAAGGGUGAAAGUGGAGAGUCCAAACGUGGUCUCAUAUGUGGCGAAAUCAAGGGCGAUUGCAUCAUGGAUGGUUACCAAAGGUCACGACGAAAUUACUAUUGGCCAAGAUACCUACAAGCUGGAGUUCAAGCCAUGGUUGUCAAAAGCUCAACUCCGGGAGCAGCGAAGAGAAGAGGAUGACCUCACGUUUUGGGUUGUGGCUGUUCAGGUGCCGCUUGACUCUUUUUUCUAUCUAGAGGCACAAGUGGCAAGGGCAAUCGGUCCCAUAGUCCGAACGCAUCCAACAGAACCGGAUCGACUCAAGCCAUCACUUGUCAACAUCAAGUUCGAUAAUGACCCGACAUCUCGUCCUAAUAUGAAGGACAAGAUUUGGGUAAUCACUCCGGAAGGUGAUGAGCUGGAAGUCAAACUAGCGUCAUCGGAAACUCCGAGGUGCAGACGCUGCCGAGCCUUCUUUCAUACGGACAACGAAUGCAGGAGAGGGGCGAGACAGAACCAACCAAACAGUCAACCAGGCGGUGGCGGACAACAGUCGGCUUCGAGUCAGGGAUAUUAGGGCCCUAUGGGCCCCUUGGGGUUCUCCCCCUUGAUGGAAGCACUGCACAUCGAUCCAAACAACGC